CAGGAAGAUUCCAGUCACUCGUCAUAAAUAGGGAGAGAGAGGAAGAUUUUCCAACUUCGAGGGUCCUGUUUCUAAUUUUCCGGGUGGAGGAAAUGCGGCGGCUCCUAACAUCCACCCUUCAAAUAUGUUCAAGCAGAGAGGAAACCAUAUGCCAGUUGAACAAGGGAUCGAGUCUCCUUCUGAAGAUAAUAUUGUUGAAGACAUAAUGGGAAGCACGAUCAAUUUGUCAGCUCUAUGCAGUCUCGUUUGGCUAAGUUACAGGUAGUUCGUAGAUACUGGGAAAGAAAUGAUGUUAAGAACACGAUAGGUUCGAUGGAGAAGAUGGCUGAUAAUGCUGUUACUGCGGAUGUGCUGAGUAUAAUAACCGAGAGAAAUGAGAUUAUGACACUGGAUACUUGUACCUCCCUUCUUCCCAUUCUGGCAGCUCUUCUAGCAAGUGACAUGGAUCAGCAUUUGAACGUUUCCCUGGAUUUGCUGCUUAAGCUGGUUAGAAUGUACGGGUCACCAAUUUACUCAUCACUGUCCGCUCCAGCAUCUGUUGGUGUGGAUAUCGAAGCCGAGCAAAGGAUUGAGCGCUACAGUCGUUGCUUUGUGGAGCUAGAGAAAGUUAAAGCCUGCCUUCCCUCGCUGUCAAGAAGAGGAGGUUUGGUGGCCAAGUCUGUGCUUGAACUCAACUUAGCAUUUCAGGAAGUUUCAUCAUAAUCACUCCGAACUCCAGAAAAGCACAGAGCAAAGCCCAUCUUCUUAGUGGCAUCGUCCCAAGUCCUGUGCUUGUUUUUUUUUAAAUGUGGAUUUGGUUCCAAAGGGGAGUCUAACAAAAAAAAAAACUAAAGCUGAUGCUACUCUCUUACUAAGUUAACCAAAAGAGUUUGGAAGGCUAUAGAUUCACUCCCGAGUUGGCUGCUUCCGGUGGCCACUCCAUGACUUUUUAUCACCCAGUUACUAAUCUUUGUCUUUGCUUUGGGGAAGUGUAUUGCUCUAACUAUGGUGUGUGUAGAGAGAGCCGUAUGGGCUGUGUAUUGCUCUCCUAGUUCUUAUAUGAAUACUAAAAAUAUCUGCUCUUUAGAAAUAGACAUGUUCAGUGUUCUUCUCUCAACUCAGCAAUAGAUUUUUUUUUUUAA